AUGGGUCUUGUCUCUUCAAUUCACUCCAUCAAUUCACUGUUCUUCUUUCUCCCAUCUCACUUACGCUCGAACCAAACUUCCCCGCUUUUUGUUGAGAAGAGAUCUUCUCCUGCUCCAGCCCCGGCUAGGCCUGCGAUUCCUCGUUUUGCUUAUUUGAUUUCCGGUUCCAAAGGUGAUUUGGAAAAGCUUUGGAGAACUCUCCAUGCUCUUUAUCAUCCACUAAACCAUUAUGUUGUUCAUAUGGACCUUGAAUCACCGGUAGAGGAAAGGAUGGAGAUUGCACACAGAAUUGAAAGACAACAUGUCUUCGCUGAGGUUGGAAACGUUUAUGUUAUCACAAAGGCCAACAUGGUCACUUACCGAGGACCAACCAUGGUUUCUAAUACUCUUCAUGCUUGUGCCAUUCUGCUCAAGAGAAGUAAAGAUUGGGAUUGGUUCAUUAAUCUCAGUGCUUCAGACUACCCUCUUGUGACUCAGGACGAUCUACUACAUACUUUUAAAGAUUUAGAUAGAGGCCUCAACUUCAUUGAGCAUACAAGUCGGUUAGGAUGGAAAUUUGAUAAACGAGCAAUGCCUUUAAUUGUGGACCCUGGGCUUUACAUGUCAACCAAAUCUGAUGUUUUUUGGGUCGAACCUCAGAGACCUCUGCCAACAGCAUUUAAACUAUUCACUGGUUCAGCAUGGAUGGUUUUGUCCCAUGACUUUGUUGAAUAUAUUAUAUGGGGAUGGGACAAUCUGCCAAGAACUCUUCUCAUGUACUACACCAAUUUUCUGUCGUCCCCUGAAGGCUACUUUCAGACUGUUGCAUGCAAUGUGCCAGAGUUGGCUAAAACCCUUGUCAAUACUGACUUGCAUUAUAUUUCCUGGGACAACCCUCCUAAACAGCACCCUCAUAUCCUUAACAUGAAUGACACAGACAAAAUGAUUGAAAGUGGUGCUGCCUUUGCUAGAAAAUUUAGUCAAGAUGAUCCAUCCUUAGAUAUGAUUGAUAAAAAAAUUCUUCAUAGGAGAAAUGGACUAUUCCCGCUUGGCGGUUGGUGCACUGGUAAACCCAAAUGUUCUGAGAUUGGGAACAUUUAUAAACUCAAACCAGGUCCAGCGUCUCAAAGGCUUCAUCGCCUUGUUGCCGAGCUAACUUUGAAGGCUAAAUCUGACUUGUUUCAACAAUUUGGAAAAGAUUUGUUGGGGAAGAAACGCAGGUAUGAUAUGAGCCUUCUUACUAUGAUACAACAAACCACGUAUUUUAGCUCGGACGCAUUUGUUCCAAUGCAUGAUGUUGUUUUCUGGAAUUACAUUCAUGAGAAUGUUAUGAUUAGGAUUUAG